GAUGACUUCCAAGGAGGACGGCAAGGCGGCGCCGGGGGAGGAGCGGCGGCGCAGCCCGCUGGACCACCUGCCGCCGCCCGCCAACUCCAACAAGCCCCUGACGCCGUUCAGCAUAGAGGACAUCCUCAACAAGCCGUCUGUGCGGAGAAGUUACUCGCUGUGCGGGGCGGCGCACCUGCUGGCGGCUGCGGACAAGCACACGCCGGGCGGCUUGCCCCUGGCGGGGCGCGCACUGCUCUCCCAGACCUCGCCGCUGUGCGCACUGGAGGAGCUCGCCAGCAAGACCUUUAAGGGGCUGGAGGUCAGCGUCCUGCAGGCAGCCGAAGGCCGAGACGGGAUGACCAUCUUUGGGCAACGGCAGACCCCCAAGAAGCGGCGAAAGUCUCGUACGGCCUUCACCAACCACCAGAUCUACGAGUUGGAGAAGCGAUUCCUCUACCAGAAGUACCUGUCCCCUGCCGACCGAGACCAAAUCGCGCAGCAGUUGGGCCUCACCAACGCUCAGGUCAUCACCUGGUUUCAGAAUCGGCGCGCCAAGCUCAAGCGGGACCUGGAGGAGAUGAAGGCCGACGUGGAGUCCGCCAAGAAACUGGGCCCCGGUGGUCAGAUGGACAUCGUGGCGCUGGCCGAACUGGAGCAGAACUCGGAGGCUGCCGGCGCUGGUGGCGGCGGCUGCGGCAGGGCCAAGUCGAGGCCUGGCUCUCCGGCACUCCCUCCAGGCGUUCCGCAGGCCCCGGGCGCCGGGCCCCUGCAGCUCUCGCCCGCCUCCCCACUCACGGACCAGCCAGCCAGCAGCCAGGACUGCUCGGAGGACGAGGAAGACGAAGAGAUCGACGUGGACGAUUGAGCGGAGCCCAGAAUCUGCCGCCGCACGGGGCCCCUGGAGCCGCGGGCCUGCAGCCUCCCGGACCGGACCGCGGAGGGGAGCUGGGACCUCCUCUGCAACUCCCGCCUUCUCCCCUGUCCUUGGCCCAGACUGGGCUCCCAGCAGCCGCCUCUUCCCUCUCGAAGCAAUAAACCCCGGCUGGGCUGGCCGGCCGGGCCGGCCGCUGGCGUAGCCUCCGCAGACCGCCCGGGGAGCCCUCGCCGGGCAGUUCUGUAUGGCUUCUGUAUAAAUAUUUAAACCUAUAUAGCGGGUUCUUCCCACCGCAGCCUGCCUUUUUUGUUUCUUUUUAAAUUUUUUAAGAUCUCGGAGGUUUUCAUGUUUUCAAAGCUCGUAGGCUGCCGGGUUUGCUGAGGGAGAGGCAGAGCCGAGGGUAACGGACACUGAACCCCCGCGGUCUGGAGGAGGGGGCCACCCGACUGUUUCGAUUUUUCUCUGCAUGUGGCGAAUGCACCGGCCCUCUCCCUCCUCGCCUCCCCGGGCCUAUUGCAGUUGACUUCUUUUAUUUUCUUCUGCAUUUUUCCCCGAGUCAGAAGCGGCUGAGGUGGGCAGCCGGAGCCUGACUUGCAAGUUCCAAAUUGAUCUUUUCUUCCUCCCCUAAGAGAAGUCUCUUUCCGAUGCCAUUUCUGCCUCCCAAUACCCACUAGCGCUAUUUUAAAGAUUCCUCUCCACCCUCUCUCGGUUUCCUUGGACCGACUGCUGGGGUCCGGGUCUUAGGGACAAAACGGGGAAAUCCAGCCAACAAACCAACCAACGAAAAAGGAACCCAAAGCCCUAGAAUUAUUUUUUACUCUUUUUAGAAUUUUUUUGCAUGUGACAGAGACUGAGAGGAGGCCAACCUAAGUCCUCACCCCACCUCCUCCACAGCUCUGGGUCUGUCUCCAACGCCCGCUCCUAGGUGGACUUGGCCAGGCAAGGUGGCCAGAUGAGGGUGGGUCCCACGUGCUCCUUCCCCGCUCCUGCCCUGCCUUCUCCUCCCCGGACUGUACCCAAGGCCUCUUUCUCCAAUAAAUAAAGU